AUGGCUAGUGAGGAUAGUUUUCUAGUGCUAGUACACCACAGAGGAUCGAUUAAGAGAAAAACUCGGUCUGGCGUGAAGUUCACUGAUAAGGAUCCUCUAUGUAUUAUCAUGAGCCCUACGACCAGCUAUGAUGCUCUCGUUAGCUCCGUGCUGGUGAAGCUUGGUCUGGAAGGAGUGAAAAGGGUUAAGAAGUUUUUCUAUCGCAUUCCAAUCAGGGUGCUCCAUGAUACGGUCAUGUUUAUUUCUCGUAGGCAGUUUCCCGAGGUCAGGACACCAGAGCUGUUGGUAAAGUUGGUUGACGUCGUAUCCAGCUCGGGUGGGUCGAACCGGAAUGCCAACACUAUAGCCGCGGUGGCCGGUUCAAGCUCGAGACCUGCGGUUGCUUCAUCCUCCGUCCCAGUGUAUGAGCCAGCGAUCCAAUUUGCCGCCUCCCCAUCGUUUGCUGUUGAUCUCAGCGGCAACGUUGGAGACGAGGUUGGAUAUGGGGAACAUCUUCCGACCGAAGUACAGUGUCCUACACCGGCUGGUGUUGGAGAGGGAUUGUUUGAUGAUCCAGAUGACGAUGAUGUCAAGCCUGAUACGAUCGCUGAUGAAAGCAGCGAUGAUGACGAAUAUCCUGGGCAGCUUACUGGAUUUGGCGCUAGAGAUACGGAAGGGUCUGCCGGUAUGACAGAGUUCCAGGUUGGUCAACAAUUUAAGGAUAAAGAUGAGGCGCUGUUGAGUGUGAAGACGUACAGCAUCCGCCGAGGGGUACAGUACAAGGUAGUUGAGUCUGACUAUCGCAGGUACGUGGGAAAGUGUUCUGAGUUUGGGAAUGGGUGCACAUGGUUGAUUCGGUUGAGUCUCCGGCAACGCAAGGGCAUCUGGGAAGUUAAGCGGUACAACGGACCGCAUACCUGUCUCGCCACCUCCAUCUCCAGCGACCAUAGGAGUUUGGACUACCAUGUGAUAGCGAUAUUCAUUAUGCCAAUGGUUAGGCCUGACGCAUCUGUCAACAUCAAGGUGCUUCUAAAUGCCACGGCUGCACAGUUUGGCUUCAGGCCUACAUAUAGGAGGGUUUGGAUGGCGAAGCAGAAGGCGGUUGCAAUCAUCUAUGGGGACUGGGAUGAGUCGUACAAGGAGCUCCCUCGUUGGGUGUUAGGAGUUCAGUUGACGAUGCCUGGUACUAUAGCUGUCAUCAGGACUUGCCCUGUUCGAGUUGGGGGACAGGUGGACGAGUCCCAGGCUUAUUUUCAUAGGAUGUUCUGGACUUUUCACCCUUGUAUCGAGGCAUUUCGUCACUGUAAGCCGUUGGUGAGUAUUGACGGCACCCAUCUAUAUGGCAAGUAUGGUGGAACGUUGCUUGUGGCGAUUGCACAGGACGGGAAUUCCAACAUACUCCCCGUGGCAUUCGCACUAGUUGAGGGUGAGAAUGCUGAGUCAUGGUCCUUCUUUCUCUCCCACCUCCGUCAGCACGUGACACCUCAGCCAGGUCUGUUAGUUAUUUCAGAUAGGCAUAACGGCAUAAAGGCAGCACUCGAGGCACCCGAUGGGGGAUGGCUACCUCCGGCUGCAUACCGGGCAUUCUGCAUUCGACACGUUGCAGCAAAUUUCGCCCUCACCUUCAAAGGAAAAGAUGCUCGGAGGCUUCUUGUGAGCGCGGCAUAUGCGAAGACCGAGGUGGAGUUCGACUACUAG